AAGUGCGGCUGCGCAAGGGUGACGGGGCGAGUAGGGGGAGGGGGUGUUUUGGUUCUAGCCGCUCGCCGUCGUUUCCACACUUGGUCUUCGGGAAGCUUUUCGUUCCUGCUUUCCUUUCCCAUCCCCUUCCCCUUUCCCACCCUCGGUCCCCCUUUCCUCCUUUCCUUCUGCCUGCCUCCUCUCUUUCUACUGACCCCCCGGGUCCGGGCCAUUUUCCGGGCCGGGCACAGUAAGGUGCGCGGCCCCGGGGCCCAGUAUAUGACCCCCCGUCUUUCUCCCCCUCGCUUCCCCCGCCCCAUGUGGCUGCGGGGCCGCGGCGGCGCUGCCCACUAUGGCCCGGAAAGCAGUUAGCAGGAAGCGGAAAGCGCCAGCUUCGCCGGGAGCUGGGAGUGACGCUCAGGGCCCGCAGUUUGGCUGGGAUCACUCCCUUCACAAAAGGAAAAGACUCCCCCCAGUGAAGAGAUCCUUAGUGUACUACCUGAAGAACCGAGAAGUCAGGCUACAGAAUGAAACCAGCUACUCUCGUGUGUUGCAUGGUUAUGCAGCACAGCAACUUCCCAGUCUCCUGAAGGAGAAAGAGUUUCACCUUGGGACCCUUAAUAAAGUGUUUGCAUCUCAGUGGCUGAAUCAUAGGCAGGUGGUGUGUGGCACAAAAUGCAACACGCUCUUUGUAGUGGAUGUCCAGACAAGCCAGAUUACCAAGAUUCCCAUUCUGAAGGACCGGGACCCUGGAGGUAUAACCCAGCAGGGCUGUGGUAUCCAUGCCAUUGAGCUGAAUCCUUCUAGAACACUGUUAGCCACUGGAGGAGACAACCCCAACAGUCUUGCCAUCUACCGGCUGCCUACACUAGAUCCUGUGUGUGUAGGAGAUGAUGGGCACAAGGACUGGAUCUUUUCUAUUGCUUGGAUCAAUGACACUAUGGCUGUGUCUGGCUCACGUGAUGGUUCCAUGGGACUUUGGGAGGUGACAGAUGAUGUGUUGACCAGAAGUGAUUCAAGGCACAACGUGUCACAGGUCCCUGUGUAUGCCCACAUCACUCACAAGGCCUUAAAGGACAUCCCCAAGGAAGACACAAACCCUGACAACUGCAAGGUCCGUGCUCUGGCCUUCAACAACAAGAACAAGGAAUUGGGAGCAGUGUCUCUGGAUGGCUACUUUCAUCUCUGGAAGGCUGAAAAUACACUGUCUAAGCUCCUUUCCACCAAACUGCCAUAUUGCCGUGAGAAUGUGUGCCUGGCCUAUGGUAGUGAAUGGUCAGUGUAUGCUGUGGGCUCCCAAGCUCAUGUCUCCUUCUUGGAUCCAAGGCAGCCAUCAUACAACAUCAAGUCUGUUUGCUCCAGGGAGCGAGGCAGUGGGAUCCGGUCAGUGAGCUUCUAUGAGCACAUCAUUACUGUGGGCACAGGGCAGGGCUCCCUGCUGUUCUAUGACAUCCGAUCUCAGAGAUUCCUGGAAGAGAGGCUCUCAGCUUGUUACGGGUCCAAGCCCAGACUAGCAGGGGAAAAUCUCAAACUAACUACUGGCAAAGGCUGGCUGAAUCAUGAUGAAACCUGGAGGAAUUACUUUUCGGACAUUGAUUUCUUCCCCAAUGCUGUUUACACCCACUGCUAUGACUCAUCUGGAACAAAACUCUUCGUAGCAGGGGGUCCUCUCCCUUCAGGGCUCCAUGGAAACUAUGCCGGGCUCUGGAGUUAAUGACAACUAACUCACUCCCAAAAUGCAGAGAUUUACACUAACUUCCAUCCUCCGUUUCCUUGUUUUUCUUUUGAUUUUUUUUGCAAUUGUGUGAGGCCCUCAUAUUUCAGUGGGAACACCAGAGUUUGCCUAUGGUUUAGGCUCUUGACAGAAAGAAGUUCUAUGUAGAAAUCUGAAGGUUUUGUUUGUUUGUUUUUUACCUUUUUUCCCUUUUGGUAAUCAGAAUUUUACUAUAUUUUUUCUUUUUGGAUUCUCAACCAAACAUCUAAUUCCUAUUUGUAUUUUUUUUUCAAGUGACACACACUUUCCUCUCUCUCUGAUUUCUUUAGGCUGACAGUCAUUCUCACCCUUACUUCACUCUUGAGAGGUAGGGCUCCUUUACAAUUAUGUGGUUGCUGUCAGACUUUCUGUGAAAGUUUGGGGGCUUUGUGUGCAUGUGUGUAUGUGUGUGUGUGUGUGUGUGUGAACUUGUGUACCUGUAAGUACUGUGCGUUACUGAAAUUACCUGGAGUAAGGAUUACUUGUAAUUAAAAUAUUUAUAAAAGAAACAACUUUGUACACAGAGUCCAGCUUUGGGACUAGUCUUUAUCUUGUUUUUUAAAGUCUAAUAAUACUGAUUAUGGAAAGUAAAACCAGAAAGAAAAAUCACCAGGAAAACCUUUUGAAUUAGGUUAUAGAUUUCCUGGGGACUCUUGUGCCAGGAUUCCAAAGUGAUCCAUCCCCUACCUGUCUUCCAUCUGUGUAUCCCCCAGGUGAGAACACUUCUCUUUAUGUGUCACUUCCACUUCAACUUCCUGUCCACUGAGCCAGUGGCCACUCCCCUAAAACAUCAGUCUCCAUCCACAUACAGCUCUGGAGGCUGCAGAAGGCUUGGGUAGAACUUGGUAAAGGGGAUCCCCACCCCAACCUUCCUUGCCCUCCCCUCAAACAAGACCUGAUCUGCUAUCUCGGGCCUGGAGCUGGGGGCUUCAAGUAAGCCAAGAUUAACAUUCUCAGUCCCCUUGGCUUUGGGGAGAAACUUCUCCUUUGCCUUUCUUUUAGUCUCUGCAGUGGGUUUUGCUUUUGAUUUCUAAAUUGGAUUCAGUCCAGGAGGGUGGGGAGAGUAGGUGCUUUAUCUGUGUAUAGUGUGUGCUUCACGUGUGGAUGUUUGUUUUCUUAAUACAGUGGGGCUGGGGUUGAAGCCUCCUCUCACACUCUGUUGGCUCAGCCCUGGGAUGGUGAUGUGGUGGCCUGCAGCCACCAGCACUGUGCAUGUUUAAAGCAUUGGUGUGAUUAGUAAUUUGUUCUUCCCUUGAACUGUCUAUUCUGAGGUUUUUAAACUUGCAGGCACUGACUAACCAUGAUGUCCAGUUAUUCCUUGCUUUUUAUGCAUCAUGUUGCAGAUAACAGCUGUUUCCACCAACAAAUUCUUCCUUCAUUAGAAGCACAUAACUCUGCUUCUGUCAACAGCCCAUUCUGAGGAAAGGAAAAGUCGUAUGUAUUCCUGCACUCCAGGUUGUAAAUUGCUCUCCUAGACAUCCCUCUCUUCCGGCUGUGAGAAGAUUGAAAAGAGUGUCUUGAUGAUGGGGGCUGGUGGGAAGGGAAGUCAGCGAGUCACCCUAUCUUGGUGGCACAAUGCAGACACCACAGGUUCUAGAAUUCUCGUCUUCUAACAUAGAGAAAUAGGUGCUAUACAGGGAAUUAAGCAAAAUGCUGGAUGCUGUAGAUCUUUUGUCUUAAUUUUUUUUUCUAUUAAACUACAGGCUGUAGAUUUCUUAGUUCUCACAGAACUCCUAUCAUUUUAAACCAAUUUGUAUAUUUAAAAAAAAAUUUAAGUAGGAUGUUUUGUUUUGUACUGUUGCCUGACCCUCCUCUGUGAUGGGUAGUGCGUUUGAGUUUUCUUUUCAAAAAUGUAGCACUUGACAUUUUGCCAAGUAAAAAAAUAAACAUUAUUCCAGUGCAAA